AGGUCUGCUGUGGAGCUUCCAUCUGUGGUCAUGAUGACAGACGUCUGAGGAAGAGAGCUGGAGGUGUCACAUGUCAUCUAAAUCUGGACUCAGUCUGAAGUUAGCUGUUGAGCUAAUGGGAGCUAACGUUAGCAGAAGAAGAUGCAGCUCCUCCAGAUGACACCACCAGUCUGGUUGUUGUGACGGGACGGCGUCUCCAACCCUGAGCAGGAGACUCCACUGGACCUCCCAACAACCAGAACCAGGACUACAGGAACCUCCCAACAACCAGAACCAGGACUACAGGAACCUCCCAACAACCAGAACCAGGACUACAGGAACCUCCCAACAACCAGAACCAGGACUACAGGAACCUCCCAACAACCAGGACUACAGGAACCUCCCAACAACCAGAAGAACAACAAGAAGAAGAAUGAGAGACGAUCACAUUAAACAUUUAAAGUGAGAGAUCCCAGAAGAAGAGAGGAAGAGGAGAGGAAGGACUCUUCAUCUUCUAACAGGAUUUAGUCUUUGUUCAUGACGACCGGAGAGACUGAGGAGACAUGUGGAGGACAGAAGGAGACAUGUGGCGGACAGAAGGAGACAUGUGGAGGACAGAAGGAGACAGGAAGGACAGAAGGAGGAGGAGGAGACAUGAAGCUUCCUCUCUCCUCCACCACUCUGAGCACCAUCGCCAUCCAGGCCGGCCAAUCACUGCUGGUCGUCUCCGUCCUGAAGAGUGGCUCUCUGGUCCACCUCCAGCUGGUCCAGGUCCAACCAGGUCUCUGUGAGAUCGGAUCCAACCAGGAAGAAAACCAGGACCUGAUCCAGGACCAGCAGCAGCUGAUGGACAAACUGCAGAAACAUGAGGAGGAAGUUCUGUCUGUGGUGGAGAACAACCAACAGACAGAGCAGAGGAAGAGGAGGAUGAGGAGGAGGAGGGAUGAAGAUACGAUGGAGCAGAAGAGGAACAAACAGGAGGAAGAGGAGGAGGUGCUGAAGGCCAUGGUGGCGUCUCUGAAGGAGGGAUGGUCGCUGCUCCUCCGCCUGCUGCAGAGACGACAGGAAGUCCUGACGCUGGCUGCAGACUUCUACCGCCGAGCUCUGGAGUUCUCUGUCGGUCUGGACCUAGUAGAGGACCUCCAGACCAGACUGGACGAGGACAGACUGACUGAAGUGCAGCUCACAUACGACUCCAUGAGGAGAGGUCUUCUGGUGAAGUCUCUGCAGGUUUUAAGCAGCAGCAGCGUUCUGCUGCAGAGACUCAGACAGCUGCAGAGGACCGAGGAUCUCCAGAGGAGAGGAGGAGUCCUGCAGGAGGACCAGGACCAGGACCAGGACCAGGACCAGGACCAGGACCAGGAGAGUUCCCAGAGUCUUCAGAAUUCCCAGAGCUCACAGUGCAGCAGGGGGGCGGUUCUGAGGCUGGAGGAGCUGGUGGAGGCGCUGCAGGACCGGAGGAGGAGGGCGGACCAGGCCAUCAGGAUCAUCGUCCUCAGGAAAGAACAAGAGUCCAGAGAGGCCGGUUCUGAAGACCUGUCUUCACUUCAGGACCGGAGUCUCACAGUUGACAAAAUCCUGGACCAGGACCCAGAGUCUGGAUCCACAUCAGCAGAGAACACAGACCUGAAAUCAGAAACCAGAACUAAAGAAACCAGAGACCUUAAACCUGGAUCCAGAUCAGAUGUGAGGCCUGGAUCCAGAUCAAAGGAGACCAGAAACUUUGAUUCAGGAUCCAGAUUAUAUCUAAAACCUGAACCCAGAUCAGAUCUGAAACCCAGAUCAGAAGAGACCAGAGAUCUGCUGCCUGAAUCCAGAUCAGAUCUGCAGCCGGGAUCCAGUUUAGACCAGACACCGGGAUCGAGAUCAGAUCUGAAACCAGAAUCUGGAUUAGAUGUGAACCCUGAAUCUAGAUUAGAGGAGACCAGAACCUUCGAGUCAGGAUCCAGAUUAGAGUUGAAGCCUGGAUCCAAACCAGCGACCAUAAACCUGCAGCCGGGAUUCAGGUUAGACCAGACACCGGGACCGAGAGAGCUGAAGCCAGAAUCCGGAUUAGAUAUGAACCCUGCGUCCACAUUGGGGCCUCCAGGAUCCACAUCAGGGCCUCCUGGAUCCACAUCGGGGCCUCCGGGAUCCACAUCGGGGCCUCCUGGAUCCACAUCGGGGCCUCCUGGAUCCACAUCGGGGCCUCCUGGAUCCACAUCGGGGCCUCCGGGAUCCACAUCGGGGCCUCCUGGAUCCACAUCGGGGCCUCCGGGAUCCACAUCGGGGCCUCCGGGAUCCAGUGGGCCGGCGGCCGGGCUGCAGAGCAUGCUGGGAGAGGAGACUCAGUGUGGAGAAGGCCACGCCCACCAAGCCCUCCUGACCAAUCAGAGGCUCCAGCUGCUGUCGUCAUGGGAACAGCUGGUCGACGAGAUGUGCAGCUGGCUGCAGCAGAGCAGCAGUGUCUCUUACAGCUGUGAAACAGGACGGCAGCUCUCUGAGGCCGAAGACACUCUGAACACACACCUGCAGCUCCGCACACAGGCUGAGUCUGCAGGUCUGGAUGUAGAAAACAUGAAGCAGAUCCUGGAUCAGGUCAGAACCGGUCCCCCCCGGCUGUCCCCUCUGAAAGCCCUGACGGAGCAGCUGAAGAGAAGCAGCGCCGGCGGACGGACCGGAACCGGAACCGGCACCGCUCAGCUCGAUCCGCCUGGUUCACUGAGUCCUGAACUGGCCGGUCGGGUUGAUCUGGUUCUGAAGGAGCUGCAGAGUCUGAAGAGGAAGAUGGACUCCAACCUGCAGCUGCUGCGACCCUACGUCACCUUCCUGAGGACGGCCCGGCAGGUAGAGGAGGAGAUGGAGGACCUGAUGGAGGUCUACAGAGAGAGAUCAGAGGAAGAGGAGGAGGAGGAAGAGGAGGAAGCUGGUAGUUCUGAGUCACCAGAGAAGAAGAAUCAGGUCACCGCCUGCGAGCAAGAAACGCUACAGAGCUUCAUCACCUGUCAGGAACUGGGAGACGACUGCGUCCGUACUGUUACUAUGGUGUCGGGAGCGGCGUUGAACCGGCAGUCGGUGGCGUCGGUGGUGCAGCGGACGAUGGAGCGACUCGACAGAACCAAACAGGAAGUGGACAGGCUGCAGAGUCGGCGGCAAAGCCAGAUCCAGCAGCAGCGGGAGUCCUGCAGGAAAUACCAGGAGAGACUCCACAAGACCCUGCAGGACUUGAAGUGUGUCUCUGAGAUGAUGGAUUCCUGCACUCUGAUGGAUCUGGGUUCAGACCUGCAGACCUCCAGGCUGAGGGAGCACUUCAGCCGGGCCAGACCACAUUUCACCAAGCUAGACGCCGAGGUGGAGUUCUUGGUGAGGAGCUGGGAGACUCAGAGCGGAGUCCAGGACCGGCUGGAGGUGGAGGAGGAGGAUCUGUCAGAGCUGCUGAAGCUCCAGAAGAGAGUGAAGAACAAGAUCCAUCAGAGCCAGUCCAUCCUGGACUGGACCUGCAGCUUCCACCUCACAUCCAGACAGCUGGAGGUUCUGCUCCGGUCAGAACCUCUAAUUGGUUCUGCUGGUUCCUGUGGAUCCAGUGGUUCUGAGCAGAGCCAGCAGAUCCAGAGUCUGUUUGAGACGGUUUCAACACUGAAGACGGACAUCUGCACCGCCGUCCACCACACCGACGGGACUCGUUUCAUGGUGGACCAGCUGGAGACUCGUCUUCUGUCUCUGGACUCUCGUCGUGUCUCCUGGUUGGACGAAGCGUCUCGCCAUGAGGAGACGCUCCGCAGAGAGCUGCUGACCCGCCGCCUCAACGAUGACAUCACACAGCUUCGUGACUCCUUCAAGGAGCUGAAGAAGCGCUUCAGCAACCUGCGGUUUAACUACCUGAAGAGAAACGACCGGACCAGGAACACCAAGGCCGUCAGGAACCAGCUGCAGCAGGUGGAGCUGUACGAGGAGAAGCUGCAGGCGCUCAGGAAACGUCUGCAGGGAGUGACGGCCCGGCUGGGGUCAGAGGUCAAGGACGGCGGCGUGGCCAGGGAGGCGGAGGACGCCGUCAACGAGCUGCAGAGACAGAUGGGAGAGUUUGAGCGAAGUGUCGGCGAACACCAGAAAACGCUGGUGAUGACCUGCAGACUGCAGCACGCCAUGGAGGAGUACCAGUUCUGGUGCGAGGACGCCAGCGCCACCAUCGCUCGCGUGGGGAAGUUCUCGUCGGAAUGUCGCAGCACGGAAGCCGUCUCCGUUCUCUACCGACAGUUUGAGAAGUUCGUCUGGCCGACGGUUCCUCAGCAGGAGGAGAGGAUCAGCCAGAUCACCGAGCUGGCCGUCAGGCUGCACGGGCUGGAGGAGGGGCGUCGCUACGUAGAGAAGACGGUCAGUAAACACUCAGAGAUGGUGGAGGCCAUCAGACAGCUGAGUGACGGACUGAUGCAGCUGGAGGACAAACUCAAGCUGGAGAGUCUGAAACAGCAGCAGGACGACGGAGAGAAAGAGAUAAAGGAAGAGAAAGACGAAGAGAAAGAGAAGGAACACAGAGAGGUGAAGAGGAAGGAGCAGACAGAUAACCGCAGCAUGCAGGAGGCCGACAUGUACGAGCUGAAGGAGACGGGCCACACCCCCGAACUGACCGCCGAGCAUGAUGGGAAGGAGGUUCCCGUGAAGAGGCAGACGGCGGCCAAUAGGAAGCCUCCGUUACAGAAGAGCCGCAGUCAGGAGGCAGAGAGCAGACAGCAGCUGUACGGCGAGAGGUUGACCUCCUACUGCUCCGUUCACACCUUCAGCCUCUCCUGCUCCCCAGUGGAGGCCAACCGACGGGUCCACGCCAUACACAGCCAAUCGCUGCCUCCGGCCACGCCCCCUCCCUCUGCGAUUGGCCCGUCGUUCUCUGACAUCCAGAGGGAGUUUCAGAGGAAGGAAGUGGUCUCCGCUUCCUGUGGUUCGAACAUGACUCCGCUUCAGGAUGCAUCAGCAGGAGGCCUGUCGGAGGCGGAGCUCCAGCAACAGGAAGUGAUGACAGAGGACUCUCUCUCCAAUGAUGAAUACGAUUGUGCGUCGCCUGACGACAUUUCCCUGCCGCCGCUGGCGGAGACACCAGAGUCCAACAUGGUUCAGUCAGACGUUGAGGAGGGCUUCAGUUCCAGUUCCCACGGCGUCCACGUCAACCAGUACGGCCGCCAGUCAGAGCACAGCGGCGCCGGUGCUGCUACCGGUGCAGUCCGACCACAGAGAGAGUCCAGCCAGACGGAGAACUGUCCAACUCCUCCAACCGGCCGUCACAGCAGCACCAGGUUCAGAUCAGAGUCCAGUUCGUUCGUUCAGAGUCCGCUGACAGUUCCUCCUCCAAGCCUCCUCACCAGCACUCUGUGCAGCAUCCUGAAGACCGGAAAGACCAGCACAGCCAACGUCCCCCAGAGUGCUGACCUCUCCCUGGGCGCCCCUGAACCGAGCUUCACCUCUGGAUCUAACCCAGUCCACAAGAGCAACCCUCCAGACAGCUCUUCCAACAAGGACAAGGAUGUCCCUGAGAAGAGGAGCCCCUCACACUCUGAUCCCUUAUUAACGGAGGACAGCAACCAGCCUCAGAUGAGGACAGGUACCCGGGGUAAGAUCAACCAAAAUGUUGCAUCCAAAGGGGAGACGUCGCCACAGACUGAUCUCAUUACCCAGAUCCCCAGCUAUCAACCUCAGCCCUUUAAAGGUCCAGACCCUGAUCUCCACAAGGACAAGACCCCUCCACAAGACACUAGGUUCCUCAAAUGCAGCACUACUUUCUCUCAAAACAGAACUGCCGUUUGUCAAGAUAACAGAUUUCCACGGUCCUUCCUUGACUCCGAGAGAGGACUCCAUCAGGACAUAAACUCCUCCCAAACUAGGAAGGAAACAUCCCCAGUCUUCAAACCUAAAGGGGACCGUCUCACCAACACCAGCACCAGUAAAAUUACUCAGUACUUCCAGUCCUCCUCUUCAGACAGUCAUAGCACCGUGCAACAGGCAAGCAGCAGGCUCUGUUCACCCCAAGAAAGCCCCUUAUCCCACAGCGAGACCUUGCCACAGGGUGGCAAGAUCCAGUCUUACCUGGAUUCCAAGAGUGGCCUUGAUCAGGAUGUACCUUCCUCCCAAACCAGCAAAGAGACCUCCUCAGUCUCCGUGCCCCGAAGCAGCAGCCUAACCACGGACACGACUGUCAAACAAACCGUUUACUGCCAGUCCUCCCCUCCAAACAGCCAUUGCACCUUGGCACAGGCUAGCAGCAGUCUCAGGUCCCAGCAAGACAGACCCUUCUCCGAGUGUAGCGGAGGUCUACCUGAGGUCCAGACCCCCGUUCCCCCAGAGCCAAACAGCAUCAGCAACAUCAGUAUAUCCAGCAGUAAUAGAUUCAGCAGCAAGCAGAGCCACCAGACAGUCUACUCCCUCCACGAGUCCUUGACCUCCACCUGUACCCAGCAGUGUGUGCAUGACCCAGGCAUGACCCCCAGCAGCCCUGCCAGGCCCGCUGCCCCCCCACAGCCUGAACCACAGACCCAAGCUUUGGCUCAGCAGGCUAAUCUGCAUGUCACCCUCCUUUCCUCUCCACCCCAUCUACUAACUCCAGACCAAGACCCAAACAUUUGUCAGCCUAUGGCCAUCCGCGAGGAGAUCAGGCUUACUCCUCAGAUCCAGGGGCCUCCCCGUCCUGCUCCUCCUCCUCCCCAGGCCCAGGCAGAGUCUCUUCCCCAGGGAAAAGCCUCUAAACCUGGACCUCCCUGCUUCACCAGGCCCCUGUCUAGGGCCACCGUCAUGGAGGGCUCUCCGGUGACGCUAGAGGUGGAGGUGACGGGACACCCAGAGCCCACGCUCACCUGGUGUAAAGAUGGAGAGGCGUCAGCCGGUGCCACCGCCACCGCCACCGGCCCGGGCCAAGCGCUGCUUCCCCACGAGGACGGGAAAGACUUCCUGUUUAUCCCAGAGGCGUCGGACUCAGACGGCGGGUCCUACGAGGCCCGGGCUGCCGACCGGCGUGACGGCAGCGGUGAUGAGUGGCUGGUGGCCGAAGUGUUUGACAUCAUCAGUGUGGACUGGCAGACCUGGUUCGGUACUCUGUGCGUCCUGCUGUGGCUGCUCUACCUGGUUCUACUCUAACGCUACGGGAACCUGGAACCUGGAGCUCUGCAGGACCUGGACUCUCUAGGUUCUAGCUCUACAUGACCUGGACUCUACAGGACCUGGACUCUCUAGGUUCUAGCUCUACAUGACCUGGACUCUACAGGACCUGGACUCUCUAGGUUCUAGCUCUACAGGACCCGGACUCUCUAGGUUCUAGCUCUACAUGACCUGGACUCUACAGGACCUGGACUCUCUAGGUUCUAGCUCUACAGGACCCGGACUCUCUAGGUUCUAGCUCUGCAGGACCUGGACUCUCUAGGUUCUAGCUCUGCAGGACCCGGACUCUCUAGGUUCUAGCUCUGCAGGACCCGGACUCUCUAGGUUCUAGCUCUACAUGACCUGGACUCUACAGGACCUGGACUCUCUAGGUUCUAGCUCUACAGGACCCGGACUCUCUAGGUUCUAGCUCUGCAGGACCUGGACUCUCUAGGUUCUAGCUCUGCAGGACCCGGACUCUCUAGGUUCUAGCUCUGCAGGACCCGGACUCUCUAGGUUCUAGAUCUGCAGGACCCGGACUCUCUAGGUUCUAGCUCUGCAGGACCCGGACUCUCUAGGUUCUAGAUCUGCAGGACCCGGACUCUCUAGGUUCUAGCUCUGCAGGACCCGGACUCUCUAGGUUCUAGCUCUGCAGGACCCGGACUCUCUAGGUUCUAGAUCUGCAGGACCCGGACUCUCUAGGUUCUAGCUCUGCAGGACCUGGACUCUCUAGGUUCUAGAUCUGCAGGACCCGGAAGUUCACUUCAGUACAAGUCAGAGUUUUAUCACAGCAGCACCUGGUGGACGUCAGAGGAACUGCAGCUGAACACACAUUAUUAUUAUAUUAAUACUGGCCACAUAUCUAUAUACUAUAUAUAUAAAUAUCUAUAUAGAUAUAUAUUUAUACAGUUUAUAGAUAUAAACUGUAUAAAUAUAUAUCUACAUAGAUAUAUAUAUCUAUAUAUCUCUCUCUAUAUAGAUAUAGAUCUAUAUUUCAUGUAUGUGGUCAGUAUUAAAGUGGUUGUUACAGUGAAGGUUUUUAUUUCAGGUCUCGUCCUGUUUUAUUGAUUUAAAUGUUUAUCUGGAAAGUCAUAAUAAAAUAAUCAGUCAUGAGA